CAGAGCCUUAUCACGUAUAUGGAAAGUUUUUACGUAAGGAAGUAACAUUAUUUUACAGUCACUUGCUGCAAUCAAAUCCCUAAAGAAUUUGAAUCUUGCUGGGAAUAAGUUCACAGGAUCAUAGCCAAUAAAUGAUUUGGCAAAUUUUAGCAAGUUGGAGAUUUUGGAUAUCAGCGAAAAUUUGUUCAUAGGAAGUGUUUCUCCUUCUAUUCGGGAACUAUUUUCUCUCAAGGCCCUGUUACUAUCUUCCAAUGAACUCAACGGCACUCUACCUACUCGAGGUAAUGAUCAACUAUAUAUAAAAUCAAGCAUUUUCACUUGUUAGCAUUUCCCUAACCAUCUAUUGUUAGUAAGGAAUAUUAACACAAGUGAAGGAGAAUGGUUAAUUUUGAAUAUUUAUUUAUGACCUUGUUUUCAAUUUCAAAGCACAACAAUAGACCAUUCAUGUUUAGUAAUGUUGAUGAUGCUCUUCCAUUUGACAGAAUUCUGCACAUGGAAGAAGCUUGAGGAGUUAGAUUUAUCUCUUAAUGGAUUUGAGGGGAUCCUUCCUCCAUGCAUAAACAAUAUGACAUCUCUUAGAUUUUUAGAUGUUUCUGAGAACCACUUCAAAGGAGAUAUUUCCUCUUAUGUGGGAGCGAGCCAAACAUCUCUCGAGUACAUUGAUUUUAGUUAUAAUCAAUUUGAGGGGCUAUUCUCACUCAGCUUAUUUGCCAAUCACUCUAAGCUUGAGGUGAUUAGAUUCUUUAACGAAAACAACAAGCUUGAGAUAGAAACUGAAAAUCCCGCAGGUUGGGUUCCUUUGUUUCAGCUAAAGGUUCUUCAAAUGACUAAUUGUAGCUUGAACAAGCUUGCUAGCAAUAUUCCUACAUUUCUCCUCGACCAGCAUGAGUUGGAAGUAAUUGAUCUCUCUUAUAAUAAGUUGAAAGGAAGCUUCUCAAAUUGGUUGGUUGCAAACAAUACGAGAUUAAAAGGCCUGGAACUUCGGGAUAAUUUCUUCAUGGGUCAUUUGCAUUUCCAACUACAGCAGCACACUUAUAUGUCUCGGAUGGAUGUCUCAAACAAUCAAAUGGCGGGAAAACUUCAAGAAAACAUUGGGAAGAUGUAUCCAAAUUUAAACUAUCUAAAUCUUUCCCAUAAUCAUUUUGAAGGUAAUCUUCCUUCCUCAAUUGGUGACAUGACUAUUUUGGAAGCCUUGGAUUUGUCCUUCAAUGAAUUCUCGGGUGAAAUCCCAAGAGAACUGGCUAGCAAUAUGUCGCAGUUUAUGGAUUUGAACCUUGCUUUUAACAACUUUCAUGGCCAAAUAUUAUUAGAGCAAUUGAAGUUAGCAUCGACUUUGCAAAUGAGUGGAAAUCAAUUCACCAGUAUUCUACCGAUGGUUAAUUCAAGAUAUUCUCACUUGAGCUAUUUAGAUAUUAGCCAAAACGACAUCUCAGGUGUGAUCCCCAAAGGAUUGAUCGGAAACAUUACAAACUUUGUGGCUCUUAUCAUGGCUAACAAUAGUUUUUAUGGUCAAAUCCCAUGUGAUCUAAGUGUGACAGGUACUUUAGACCUUUCCCAUAACUUAUUUAUGGGAUCUUUACCUGUUUGCUUGAAUCUUCCAAACCUUGAACACCUAUAUUUGCAAGGGAACAAAUUCACAGGAUCAAUACCGAAAGGUCUAUUCAAUUUCUCAUCUCUUUUGACGUUGGACAUGAGAGAUAACAGCUUUUCAGGUAGCAUCUCUGUUGAAAUCAAACAACUUCAAGACUUAAAAAUACUUUUGUUGAGUGGAAAUCAUUUCACGGGUAUAAUCCCGAAUCAGUUGUGUUUGUUAAAGAUGAUAAGCAUAAUGGAUCUUUCCAAUAAUGCUUUUUAUGGGACCAUACCACAAUGCUUUCACAAUAUAUAUUUUGGGAAGAUAGGGGCUACUAAUUUUAGCUACUCUUUUAGAGAAAGUGUUCUUGUGAGUCUAGAUAGGGUACCUUACACGUAUAAAGGUCUCCUAGAGAAGAGUGUCAAAAUUUACCGGAGUUUUGGAUAUUAUGAUGCAGAAGUAAGGAUUGAGUUCGUAACCAAAUAUAUGUCCCUCUCUUAUAAGGGUUCUGUACUUGCACAUAUGUCUGGAUUGGAUUUGUCAUGCAAUAACCUAACAGGGGGCAUCCCACUGGAAUUAGGGAAAAUAUCUUCAAUCAUUGCAUUGAACUUAUCUCAUAAUCAAUUGGAUGGUACUAUUCCAAAGACAUUCUCAAACUUGGCUCUUUUGGAAAGCUUAGAUCUCUCCCAUAAUAGUUUGAGUGGAGAAAUUCCUUUAGUAUUGAUUUAUCUAAACUUUCUUGAGGUAUUCAACGUGGCUCACAACAACUUAUCAGGCAAACUUCCAGAUAUGAAAGCACAAUUUGGAACAUUUGAGAAAAGCAGCUAUGAAGGAAACCCAUUUCUUUGUGGACCACCACUAGAUAAAAGUUGCACCAAAGUAAACAAGUCAUAUCCAACACGAACCCAAUCUUCAAAUGCAGGUGACAGAAAAUGGUAUGAAGUAGAUCCCCUGGUCUUCCGUACAAGUUUCUUGGUAUCUUUCAUCAUUUUCUUCUUUACUGUUAUGAGUCUUCUUUAUAUCAAUCAUUAUUGGCUACAAAGAUGCUACAACUUCAUGAAAGAUCUUAUAUACUCUUGUUAUUAUUUUGUUUUUGAUACCUCAAAAAGGAUGUCAAAUUGUCUAUGUAAUAUUUAAGAUAUAUUGAUUUUCUUUUGAACUCGUUAAUGAUAGUAAUAAUGGUAAGUUAUCUAUGAAUUGGAUUUUGGAUAGUUA